AUAUUUAAAUAUUUGCAGAUAAAAAUUUACACAACCUAUACAAAUCAGUAUUUAAGUUAAAAGAGUUGUAAGAAUCAGACAUAGACAACAUGCAGAUUCAACUAAUUGCAAUCGUUCUUCUCGCGGUGGGUUACACCAUUGCUGAUCAAGAAAAAACUUGUCCCGAAAACGAAGAAUUUAAAACCUGUGGAACUGCUUGUCCUCCCACUUGCCAAAACAAAUCGCCGCAAAUCUGCACCGACAAUUGUGUUAUUGGAUGUUUUUGCAAAAAAGGAUACAUUAGGGAAGGUCCAGGAGGUCGUUGUGUGCCCGAAUCAUGCGAAAAUGUUCACGUUUGUGAAAAAAAUGAGAUUUUCAGUACUUGCGCUACCGCCUGUCCCAGAACUUGCGGCGAAAGUGAACCCAAAAUUUGUCCUUUAUAUUGCCGAACGGGUUGUAUUUGUAAAGAUUAUUAUAUUAGAGAAACUAAAGAUGGAAAAUGUAUUCCUGAAGUUGCUUGCAAGAAAGAAUGCGGUGAAAAUGAAAUCUAUAACGAAUGCGGAUCCUUGUGUCCUGGAACUUGCUCUCAACCGGUGAAAGUUUGUGAGAAGAAAUGUGUCAAAGGGUGUUUUUGCAAAGAAGGAUACGUUCUAGAUGAUAAAACGCGAAAAUGCGUCAGGAAGGAGGACUGUCCCAAGCGCUCCUAAUUUCAAGGCCUCUUCAAUACUUAAUAUUAUAAACUAUGUACUUAUAACACAAAGAUUUUUCGAUAAAAUAUAAAAUAAUACUGUUUGCAUUUAA